AUGACAGAAGUUUCCGGCUACUGCCGAAGAGUGUCCUUUAACAAUGUCCACCCGGACGACGAGGCGUCCCUGCGCUUCUACAACUACUCCUUCAACGAGCCCGUGCUGCCGACUGAGCCCCGACUCUUCAACUACUCGUUUUCCCACAAACGGGCUCGCCUUCCUGAACCGCCUUCCAAGCUGAUCUUGAAGAACAGGCUCUCGCAGCAGCAGCUCACCGAUAACCUCGCGCGUGCCCGCUCCUUGGGCGUGUCCUACCACGAUAUCAAUGACUUGGUGGACUGUCCUCCGGAAACGGUGCCUCGCCUGGAACUAGCCAUAGUCUGUGACGACGACGAUGACGACGAUAAGCUGCCGCGUGGGCUGGUGGCCGAGCUCAGUGCGUUCGGCCGCCGCAAGUCCUACUCUGGCAUGACCGACGAGGAGCUCAUGGCCCUCGACCCGCAGUUCAACACCCCAAAGCUGUCGGACAUCAACUCCUUCAAGUUCGACUCCCAGCAGACAUACUACAGAAACAGCCCCCGCCGCUCGUCCGUGGCCCCGCCCGUCAUAUCCAAGCAGGUGAUCUACCCGCUGUCCAACGAGAACAACUACCCCUCCAUCUCUCUCACCACCAAGCACGAAGACUACGACCACAACAUCCUGACCGCCCGCAAGCUCUUGACCGUGUUGUCGGGCCGCAAGCACACUUGGAACUCGCUAGACUGGCUCUUGCAGACCCAAAAGACAUCCGACAUCGGCUUUCUCCAGAACGGCGACUACUUGAUCGUGGCCGCAUUGGUGCCCCUCAAGUACUUCAACGCCAAUACCCAGCGUAAAAAAAAUGCUCUUGAAGAUCGUCUCUACAAGAAAUGCGAGCACUUGCUCAAUUACAUUUUGCAGUCGCUCCCUGACCAGCUGCUCUGCCUCAAAGUGACUGUGGAGUUCAUCAUCGAUGUCGCCCCAGCUGAUCCCAUGACGCUCGGCGGCAAAAAGGCUCCGCCCGUGGGCACAAAGUUCAUGCUAGACCACAUCUUCAAGCAGUACCUGCCCAAUUUGGUGAUUUUGGGUAACAAAAGCACAAACCUCAAUUUCAAGUACCCAAUGCGUAAGACCAAGGUGAGUCUGUCAAUGUCGUCUGGGUCCACACCCACCAAUGGCCUUGCCCUUUCAAAGUUUGCGCUGGCUCCUCAGAUGUCCUCCAACGACGAUCACGAAAUGUAUCUCAUUAAAUUGAGUUCCUACGUCAUCAAGUACUCGCCUGUGCCUGUUAUCGUUGUGGGAACGCUGAACACGAUGAUGCGCAAGAACGAGAAACCACUGUUGGUGACAUUCUCAGACCACACCCGCGGGGUGAAAAGCCAAUUGGAGAUGCCAUCGCAGAACUUAAGGAAAAACUCUGCAACUUCAACUGCAUCGAUUGAGUCAUAUGCGGGCCAACAGCCGGAUGAUACCAGCUUGUGCUCGCUGACAGAGUCCCUGCAGCAUAUCACCAUGGGUGAGAGGCUCAAUGAGAUUGAGACCUCGGGGUCGGAAUCGAAAUUUCAAGACAUGCUUGCCAUCAUUUCAACAAGUUCACUUAGGGAGCUGAAGGAUUAUCUCAGCAGCAUCAAUGACACUUCGAAGAAUCCCCCAACCAGACUCAACAACAAGGUGCAUGAGGCAUACCAGAGCUACCACCACUCACGUGGCAGUGGACACCCCGCUACACGUACAAUGUCCAACAGCAGCGGUGGCAAGCCAUACAAGGUGAAGAGCAUGAUCUCUUACAGUGAAGAAGAAGAGCGGAAGAACGAGAAGAAGCUCAAUGACAAGCGUCUCAAAAAGUCCAUUUCGCAAACCUCGUCUGGUCUGAGCAACGGUGACAAAAAGGUUAAGAAAAAGAAGUCAUUCUUGCAAAAGAUCGGAUUCAAAAAGUCAUGA